AUGCCUUUCCUGGAGGUUUCUGAUGGGGUGGGGAGGCAGGGGGUGCUCGGCUGGCCAGGGACAGCUCCGACCCUGCCGUGGCAUCACGGGCUGCUGUCUGCCUUGGAAGGCUCUGUCCCAGGCCCUGGGGAGGCUGGAGAAGAAGCAAGCAGACAAGGAGGAGCUGCUGGUGCUGGGAAUCGAUGAGAAAGCAGACAAAGCCGCCCUGGCUGACAAAGUCAGUCGCAGCCAGCUUGAGGCGUGCGUGGAGCGGCUGACCAAGAUGAUGGAGGAGGUGACGAGCCGGGUGACGGGCCAGGAGAACGGCUGGCUCCAGUUCCAGAAAGAGCUGCAGAGGCAGAUGGACUGCAAGCUGGACCGCCGGGAGCUGGGGGCGUUCCGGAAGCAGCAGGAGGAGCGGUGGAAGAGCCUCAGCGGGCAGCUCCAGGAGCAGGCGCUGCAGGCAGAGCGUGACAAUGCCGCUGGGAUUAGGAAGUGAGUGCGAU